AUUAAGCCGAAGACUUGGCCCUAUAUUCGCGAAUGCGUCAUUUUAGAUUUCUAAACAUGUCUCUCUAGAUUCUUCUUGACCAAUCACGCUCUCAAAAUCAAAAUCUCCCAAGGAUCUCUCUUUGCUUUUCACCGGAAAAUUGUUUCGCGGACUUCUUCUUCCUCGCUCGCUCUGACUUGCAGAUUCCCAGCUGGCAACUUUGUGUGCUUCCAGAUACUAUUAGGGUUCAUGGGAGAUCAAGCCACUAAUCAGUGCUCCAGUAGCAACAAUGCAUCGGUAGAAUCAACCCUUGAGCUGAACAUCAAGACGCUUGACUCACAGACGUAUACUUUCAAAGCUGACAAGAAUGAAACUGUUUCUGUUUUCAAAGAGAAAAUAGCGAGUGAGACUGGGGUUCCUGUUGCUCAGCAGAGGCUCAUUUUCCGGGGACGAGUUUUAAAAGAUGAUCACCCUCUCUCCGAGUAUCAUUUGGAAAAUGGGCAUACCUUGCACUUGAUUGUGAGGCAGCCAGCUGAAUCAAUGCCAUCAUCUGGUACCCCUUCAGAAGGGGCAGCUGCAAAUGAUGGAAAUGGUUCAAAUGGUGGACCAUCUCGAGGUCGUGGACACAUCUCCCACAGCGUAGUCCUUGGGACUUUUAAUCCUGCAGAUCACACUGAAGGCUUUGGUCCAGAUAUCAGCCGGGUUAUUGGAGCAGUUUUAAAUUCUUUUGGAGUUGGUGGGCAGAACCUUCCAAAUAGCAGUAUUAAUGUCACGCAGCCGUCUAUGCCCUCCAAUUUGUCUGGCCAUCCUCCGCCUGGAAAUGCAUCAGGUGGAACGCCUGCCACCGGUGGUCAAAGCCAAGCGGCGGGACAGUCACAGCCUAGGCCAGCAUUUACUAGUGCAGCAUUUCGAGCAUCUAUGCCUCAUGUGGUUCAGAUUCCUAUUACAGCAGCUACAACGAUUCCCAUUCCUUCAUUUCAGACGCCUAUCCCGGAUUCGUUAGACACUCUUAUGGAGUUCAUUAAUCGGAUGGAACAAGCACUAUCACGAAACGGCUAUCAGCCAGAUACCUCCUCUGCUACAUCAGAAGGUCGGCCCAGGGAAGAGUUGCCUAGAAAUACACAAGGCCCAUCAACGCCUGAAGCACUGGCUAUUGUCCUGAGGAGUUCACAGCGUCUACUAAGUGGUCUAGCCGUCUCUUCGUUAUCGCAUAUUGCAGGACGUCUAGAGCAGGAUGGAUCCUCUCCAGAUCCUGCCCUCAGGGGACAAAUCCAGACAGAGGCAGUGCAGGUAGGUCUUGCUAUGCAACAUUUAGGGGCCCUCCUUCUGGAGCUUGGGCGGACACUUCUGACACUGAGAAUGGGACAGUCUCAGGAAUUAUCCUAUGUGAACUCUGGCCCUGCUGUAUACAUAUCUCCUUCAGGACCGAAUCCUAUUAUGGUUCAGCCUUUUCCGCAUCAAACCAGCCCACUCUUUACUGGGGCGGCUGGCUCAUCAAAUCCAGUAACCGGACAAGGUGGUUUAGGAACUUCCUCAAGGCAGAUUAACAUUCACAUACAUGCUGGGUCGUCAGCUUCACCUACGAUGUCGUCAGUUGGAAACCAUCAAAGCAGUGGAGAGCAAGGAGAACAUAACAGCAAUACAAGUUCAGUCCGGGUACUUCCAACGAGAAACUUCACUGCUGCUUCUGCUCCUGCUCCUGCUCCAUCACAUUUUACCAACUUCACUGCUGCUACUGCUCCUGCUCCAUCACAUUUUACCGGUGAGAAUGUGUCUGCCGAGAUUCAAUCUGGUGCUUCUAGUGCUGUGACUGAGCAGGCUACCAACACUGUGGCUACUUCCACACCGGAGGAAAGUAGCCCAUUGCGUGACUUACCAUCUGAGAGGAGUGACUCGAUUUUUUUCAACCAGGGUCAACGCGGUAAAGAACAUUGUGAAGAUUCAGGGCAUCCAGAGGUAGAUACUAUCAGUGAUGCCAAAUUAACUAAGAAGGCUACUCCAGAAGUCGUGACCCCACUUGGAUUGGGGCUCGGGGGUUUGGACCGUAAGAAACGAAGCAAGCAGCUUAAGACAUUAGGUAAGAAUGAAGAUGGCGGGACUUCUGCUUCGGUUGAAGGUGUGCAACGGGGCAGUGGGACCAGUAGUCAACAACAGCUUUUGCAAUCUCUCUUUUCUGGUAGCUCACGUGGGCGAGGUUCAGAUGAUGGGGUAGAUGUCUCGAGUGCAAUGUCUCAGGUGUUGGAGAGCCCUGUUUUGGAUGGAUUGCUAGGAGGGGUAUCUCGACAAGCUGGUGUUGAUUCACCAAAUAUGCUGAGGAAUAUGUUGCAGCAGUUUACCCAGAACCCACAGAUCAUGAACACAGUCCAGCAAAUUGCUCAACAGGUGGAUGGUCAAGAGAUAGAGAAUAUGAUGUCAGGCGGAGCUAAUAGCGAAGGAGGUGGUGGCUUUGAUCUCUCUAGAAUGGUCCAGCAAAUGAUGCCUCUAGUCUCACGUGCUUUUAGCCAAGGAGGACCAUCACUUGAAUCGGCAUUAGAACAGGCUGAUGUUCAUCAACCUUUACAGGCAAAUGUUCAACCCAUGAUGCAGAUGAUUGAGCACUCUGAUCCACCAGAAGAUGUCUUCCGUGCAAUGGUUGAAAAUGCUGCGAUGAGUCAAGAAGACCUUGCAGACGUGCUCUGCAGUGAUGAAGCUCUUGCUCAUGAAUACGCGGAGUUGCUAAGGCGUGAUCUGGAAGGCCGGCUACAAGAUAAUCAUGGUCCAUAAGCUACUUUGCAAAAUUUGGUUGUUGAAUUUAUUUGUUUGAAGGUUCUCUGUUUACUUUGCUAAGAUCCCCACUUUGUAUGAAAAAAUUAGGGUUUGGGGAUAGUUUUCUAAGCUGGAGAUAAUCGACAUUAAUUUAUGUGGUCUCUGAAGGACCUAUUCAAUUUGAUAUUUCCAUCGUUGAACA